CAUUAGGUCACGUGACGGCAGGUCAUAUGACAAUUCUUCAAGCAUGUAUCUCUGCUGUUUGGGUCACUGAGGAAGGGGACACCGUCGUUAACAGACUGUUUGCUGGUCCUUCAGUUCAAGCUCCACAAGAUGCUGAAGGAAACACUUUGUCUCGUAUUUCUCUGGAGCCUCGUCUAUCUGGGUCUAUCCACUGGCUGUUCCAGUUUCUUCUGUCGAAGAUCUCGAAGGACGAGCAACUUUCAGGGAUCCGACCCGGGGAAACCUCUCUUCCUAUCGCCGUACAUCGAGCGGGGAAACAUCGAGGAAGCCAGGAAACUCAGCCUUGUGGGGCCUCUGCCUGGAGCCAAUGUUAAGAGUUACUCUGGGUACCUCACAGUGAACAAGACCUACAACAGCAAUCUCUUCUUCUGGUUCUUUCCUGCGCAGGUGCUGCCUGAAGUUGCCCCAGUCCUGCUAUGGCUGCAGGGGGGGCCGGGGGGCAGCUCUCUGUUCGGACUUUUCGUUGAGCACGGACCAUACGUUGUGCACCAGAACCUGACAGUUGGGUUCCGGAGUUAUCCGUGGACGUCCCGAUACUCCAUCCUGUACAUCGACAAUCCAGUAGGCACAGGCUUUAGUUUCUGCGACGACGAUCGAGGCUAUGCGCGUAAUCAGGACGAUGUGGCGCGAGACCUAUACAGUGCCCUCACUCAGUUCUUCCAGAUCUUCAGCGAGUUCCAGCUCAAUGACUUCUACGCUACCGGGGAGUCAUACGCAGGCAAGUAUGUUCCUGCGAUUGGAUAUUACAUCCACCAAAACAACCCCUCAGGCAAGGUGAAGAUCAACUUCAAGGGCGUCGCCAUCGGCGACGGCCUGUGUGACCCGGAAGUGAUGCUAGGAGGCUAUGCUGACUUCCUGUACCAGACGGGCAUGGUGGAUGAGCAGCAGAAGCAAUACGUACAGGAGCAGACGGACAUCGGGGUGCAACUUAUCAAGAGCGAGAAAUGGCUGGAGGCUUUCAUGGUGUUUGACAGCUUGCUGACUGGAGACAUGACCCCCUACCCCUCCUUCUUCCAGAACGUCACAGGCUGCACCAAUUACUUCAACUACCUUCAGUGUGAGGAGCCUGAGGACCAGGAGUACUUCACCCGAUUCGUGACGCUCCCGCAGGUGAGGGCUGCCAUCCACGUGGGGAACCUCACGUUCAACGACGGCUCCCGCGUGGAGAAGUACCUGCAGGAGGAUGUCAUGAAGUCCAUCAAACCGUGGCUGGCCGUCCUCAUGGAUAACUACAGGGUGCUCAUCUACAGCGGGCAGCUGGAUGUCAUUGUGGCGACGCCCCUCACCGAGCGCUUCCUGCCCACCGUAGCCUGGAAGGGGGCUGAGGAGUACAGCAAGGCCGAGCGACUCAGCUGGAGGAUCCAGCCCAAGGAUCGGGAGGUGGCCGGCUACGUGCGCCAAGUGGGAGAGUUCUUCCAGGUGGUUGUCCGAGGUGGAGGACACAUUCUGCCUUACGACCAGCCGGAAAGGUCCUUUGAUAUGAUUGACAGAUUUCUGUCCACAAAGGGAUGGUAACUGACUUCACUUAAUGGGAGAAAUGUUUGAGUUUUUAGUAGAAAUAUCUCAUUUUAUGAUUGUAAGAAGCGUUUGCAUUGCUUUUCAGUGCAGCUGGAGUGCAGUGUAAUGCUUUCCUAUUCUGCAUAUUCUGGAUACAGUAUUUUAAAGCUGGAAAAGUUUGUGAUGAAAUUAAAUUAGCGUACAAAAUUUGACAGUAUAAGCCGGACAUACUAAAUCAGCACUUUGUCCUGCAGUUCUGUUUCUCUGAUGAUGAAUCUCACUAAUACAUGGAGUAACAAUCACAUAAUGUACAUUAAGUAGCCCUUUGGCGGCUGGCUUUCCGAGGUACUGCCUUCAGUCUGUAGCUCCGCCCCCAUGUCAUGUGACCUGAAGGGCCAAGCCGGUGGAGCAAGUGUGUUGGCCUGCAGGGUGGACAGAGGCAGGGGUGUAGCUGCUGUUGCAGAUUCUGGGGGGGUGGGAAGGGGGGGUUCAAC